CGUCUUUGAGCUUAAACUCUAUCGUAAUAUGGCUUCACCAACGACGACGACGACGCCAGGCUUGCUCGGCCUCCCCACCUCCGUCCUCCUAACCAUCCGCACCCACCUCUCCUCUCCUCUAUCCCACCACCACCACCAUCACCAUCACCACCCAACAACCACCCUCGAAUCCCACCUCUCCCUCUCCCGCACCUGCACCUUUCUCCGUUCACUCUACGUGUUCGGAACACAUGCAGAGGAGGACGCGUUCUGGAAGACCGAGUGCAGGAAGGCUGGGUUCGGGAGACCGUUGAGGAGGGUUUGGGUCGAUGAGCUGCAGGAGGAGGAGGAGGGUGUGCUGAGUUGGAAAGAGGUCGCGAUGGUGCUUGUGGCUCAUAAGAGGGUGUGUGAGGUUAGGGCUUGUGUGGAUGCGAAUAGGUGGGGUGGCGAUGUGGCCCGUUUUGAGAAUCCAGAUAUCCCGAACUUCCACCCACUCUACACCUACCUCCACCACUCACACUCGCACUCUUCAUAUUCCCCUACCCCUCUCCCCGGAAAAUCAUCCGCAGAGCUCGAGUCCUACAUCCCUCCCCGGCAUCAACAGCCCUCCCCCGUCCCCCCUCCUCCACCCCAAAACACACCCCAAUCUUACUCCUUAUCUCCUUCUCCAUCCGCAUACCCACUCACGUCGUGCACCCAAUCCCACGUUCACAAUCUCCUCGCUCCGUCUCCGUCCACUGGCAGCGUUCACGGGCGCGCUACGUCUACGCCACUUUCCCACGAUUCUAAUUCUACGCCACCCCCAACUCGAACGUCGUCGACUACCUCCUCCUCCUCCUCAUCCAGCUCAACAACUCUCGUCGAAAACCCCUACCCCUCUCCUACCCCCUCCCCACCCCCAUCCAAAUCCCACUCCCACCCACCCACCCACUCUCCUCUUCCUCCUCACACAAGGAACGAAACGCUCGCCCUAGACCCAACCCAAAUCCUCUCCACCUCCCUCCCCACAUUCCCAGACUGUCGCCACAAAUUAUUCGCUCCCCUCGCGGCGCACGCGAAUGCGGCGUGUGUGUUCGUGACGGAGCCGGUGGUUGGGAGGGUUAGGCUUGUUAGACGGCGGGUUGGCGCGCGUUUUGAUGGAGGUGGUGCGAGGAAGAGUGGGAGGAAGGAGAAGGUGCCGAUGAGGAGGGAUGGGGGGGCUGUUUGGGUUGGGCGGACGUUGGUGGAUGAUUCGGACUCUGACUCCGACUCAGAGGAAGAAGAGGAUGAUGUGUAUGAUAUCGCGGACGAGGAAGAGGCGGAAGAGGAAGAAUGGACCUGGGCGUGGAAAGUCGAUCGGCCGCUCCCGUUCGAUUCUUACGCCUUCGAGGCGGGCGAAGAGGGUAAGGAAGGCGAGGAGGAAGGCGAAGAAGAUGAGGAAGGUGAAGAAGGUGAAGAGGUGGUAGGGAGCGUGUAUAACCCGGAUGGAGUCACCCUCCUGGAUCUGAACAGGUUGCUGGUUGAUGUUAUUAUUCCGUCCGUUUCUAACAACCCUCCCUCCCUCCCUCCCAAAAACAGCCUCCCCCGCACAGAAAACGAAGCUAUACAAGCCCUAACGGUCUACACCGACCUCGUCUCGUCACAUGCGUUCCCUGAUCUCUUGGACCAUCUCGACCACGUUACCCUUCCCUCUCCUUCGUCCGCCCCCUCGCAUUCCCAACUCUCUAACGCGGGCACCUCGCCGCCACCGCCACAAUCCACACACGACCUCUCUAACGCUACGCCCAGAGUAUCACCCUCGUCCACGUCCACGUCCACUGAUACGGGUAUGGGAGAUAUCGAGACCGAACUCGAUAGCGCGCUGCAUACUUCUUUGUUCGCCGACUCUGACUCCGAUCCUAACACUCCCGCUCCUGCCCCUGCUCCCGCUCCCACCACCGCCACAGCCACCGCCACAGUCGGGAUGGACGGCAUGACAAUAACACUCGAAUCCAUCCUGCGCACCCGAAAACAUCGCGGAUUCAUGGCCGACCAUCGAUAUCCAUACGUUGAUUUAUUCGAGGGGUGGUAUACGGGGUUGAGGGAGCGUGAAAGUGAAUGCGAGCUGGCCGCGGCUGAAGUCAAGGCGGAGGCGGAGGUGGAGGCGAACAGGUUACAGGAGGGCUCGGCGGGGUUGGAUGGGAACGUGCGGCGGGGACGCGAGGAAGAGGAAGAGGUGCAGCAGGAAGAGCAGGGAGAGCAAGAGGAGGAGGACCAAGAGGACCAAGAAGCACUCGAGAUCGAGAUCGAAUCCCGCGCAUUACCGUCCUACCUCCGUCGUCCGCACGGCGUCAUGGAAUCACCGAGACAUGGACGGGUAUAUACCUUCGGCACGCAUGCACAUGCCCCUGGCUUUGAGGAGGAUUUGGAGGAGCCUUUUGCAUAUCGAGAACGGGAGGAGUCUUCCGCGUAUCGAGAACGGGAGGAGGAUGCGUUGGUGGAGGCGAAAUCGUCGAGGAUUAGGUCGGGAUCGGGAUCGGGAUCGGCACUGAAGCCACGGUCGGGAUCCGCGCUAAGGCCACGGUCGGUGGCGUCUGUUAUGUCGUCCUCAGAAUCUUCGACACGGUCGGGGUCUGUUAUGUCGACGUCGACGAACGAUGGUGUCAGCGGCUCGAUAUCCUCGAACGACGGCAUUGGCAGCUCGAUAUCCUCGAACGACGGCGUUGGCAGCUCGAUGUUCUCGAAUGACGGCAUCAGCAGUUCGAUAUCCUCCAACGACCGCCCCAUCUCGAUGCCCUCUUCGAACUAUGGUGUGAGCGUCACGGACAGCGAGACGGAGGGCGAGACGGAGACGGAGACGGAUGUGUUGCCGACGCCGGAGGACGAGGAGGGCGAGUUCGUGUUUACUCUUGGGAUGGGCAUGGUGGGUGGGGGGACGGUGAGGGCUUCGAAGGGCCCUUACGCGCAUGGGCAGACGUAUCAUCAUCGGCAGGCUUACGCACAUUCACACCAUCAACGCCAGCACCAUCAUUACCCUCAGCAUUAUCAUUACCAGCCUCAGCACGACGCGUGGAAAGGCGGUCGUGUGACGGUGACGGAGGAUGAUAAAGCGUUUGAGGAGCGGAUCGAGCAUGUGGAGGUUUUGUUGACUGGAGAGGGAGGAGCAGGAGAAGGAGAAGGAGAAGGAGGGGUGUUGGAGCCUUUGGGGCUUGGGCUUAAGGUUGGGAGUUUGGGGUUUGAGACGGAGAUGGGGACGGGGGGUUCGUUCGCUUUUGGGGGAUGA